AUGGAGAUGGAGAUGGAGUCGGAGAGGGAGAGGGAGACGGAGGCGGGGAGGAAGAGCGACUACAAAGGAAAAGGGGAUGGGGAAGACGAAGCGGCGAAGAGGAGGAAGAUAGACCCCGAUGGGGGAGUUGCGGAGUGGCAGAGGAGGAUGGACGAAAUAGUCGAUGAUUUGGACGCCGAGAAGAUGGCGGUGGAGGAGUUGUUGAGGGAGAGGGAGGCGGUGAAGAAGAGAGAUCGCAAAGGGGAAGAGGAAGGCGAAGCGGCGAAGAUAGACUCCUAUGCGGAAGAGAGGGAGGUGCGGGCAGCGGUGUUGUUUGCAGAGUGGCAGAAGACGGUGGAGAAAAAAGAGAAUGACAAAGGGGAAGGGGAGUGCGAGGCGGCGAAGAUAGACCCAGAUGCGGAGUCGCAGAGGAGGAUGGAGGGAAAAGAGGAUGAUUCGAACAACGUGGAGAUGGAGAUGGAGGUGGAGGUGGAGGUGGAGGAGUUGUUCAGGGAGAGGGAGGCGGUGAAAAAGAGAGAGCAAGAGGAAGACGAAGCGGCGAAGAACAUCAAACACAAAGGGGCACGCGAAGCGGGCAAGAUAGACCAAAAAGGGGAAUGCGAAGCGGGCAAUAUAGACGCCGGCGCGGAAGAGAGGAAGCGGCGGCUGGAGGAGUUUGCGCAGUGGCGCAGGAGGAAGGAGGCGGAGGAGGUUGCUCCGGACCCGGAGAAGUUGACGGACUUUUACGCCUUCCAAGCUAGGUCGUUCGAACAGAGGUGGAACGAACACUAUGCCAACUGGGUCUACGGUUCCUUCCAUGACAAGACUGAGAUCCCUUGCAUGCGUUUUACAUUUAAGCCCGCGCCAGAUGGUGGCAAACAGCCCAGUACUCUACAGAUAUUUUCAGUCAAAGUUGCAGAAAUAAGUGGAGGUUUACAGUGGCCGCUCAAUGUGUUUGGCAUGGUUGCCCUACGUGACUCAGUAGAUCAAAAUCGUAAUAUGAUCUUCGACCGUGACAGGGAUAACUGUCAAACCCUCACUGAAAAGGAUCCAUAUUUAAUACUGACAGGUCCUGUCCGUGCUGUCGUGUUGAGUUGUCGUGUGGUCUUUGAGGUUUCGCUGAAUGUGAGGGGCACUAUUGAAUCUGAGGACAAAGAAAUAAGCCUUCUAGCUGUUCCAUUCAGGAGCAAUUCUUGGCCAUUUGAUUCUAUCUUGAUUAAUGAACAUUACACUAGCAGGCUUACCACACUAGAGUUUUCACUUGGCCAUAUUGUUUACUCUGUGGAAGCGACAAUCAGUGUGCAAGUCAUUUAUGGAUCAUGGCCAGAUGGUUUUCGUGGUCAGUUUGCUGCCCGUACUGCCAGUAUAGGCAAGGAAGUCGUGUUGCUUGAUUCUGGAGAUGAGAAACUGCCUGUUGCUGGUGAUGAGAUCAAACUUUCACGGCGUGUUACUUCUGUUGAAUCUUAUGGAAAACUGGUAGUUUCUGUCAAGGCUUUGCAAGGUGACAAAGUUUUUUCGGAUGAAAAGGAUUUCACACCUCAGGAAAUGGGUACAAGCUUUGAAAUGCUUGAAAUUGGUGCCUGCAGAAUGAAAGCGACUGUCGCUUGGUCCCUUUUCUCGGGCCAUCCUAAACUUAUGCGGACCCGCUAGCUAUCAGUGUAGUUCAGUUGCUGGAAGUACUGACGUUGCCCUAGUACGUGCAGUGGUAUGCUAAUGAAGGUUUCAAACUCGGUACUGAUG